CUAUAAAUUACACGCGUUACGCAUGCAGGAACAAAAAUACAACGUUUAAAGUGUACUUUGAAGUUACUUCUGUCUUAACCAGCUGUACAACUCAUACUUUUUGCCUGUUUUGUUCGAGCGAGUAGGUCUUACGAAUAAGUCGUAAUUUUCAAGCACGAUAUAAUUCGAUCUUUCCUCGAACAAAAAGAUUCGCGUACGAUUAAACAUUUUUAAGAUUGAUCGGUUCUCUUGCAGUUGGAGAACGAAUAUAAUCAUGGUGAGCGAUUCGGCAAAAAUUCUUGCCCUGGUGGUCACGGCGAUAAAAAAUCUUCGCGAAUUGAAAGGCUCGACUUCUCGAGAAAUUUUACAUUAUCUCUCGUCCGUCUACGAUAUUUCACCAAACGUGGCACGUCGUCAGAUGCAGACCGCGUUAAAGCGCGGCGUCGCCUACGGUAUCCUAAAGAAGAACGGGGGCUGUUACAUUCUACCGACGAACAGCGAGAUAAAUUGCCAAGAAAUUGCCGAACAGGAGGUCAAUCUACUGGAUGUCUGUCGCAGAAACAGAAUGCAGAAAAAAUUGGGCUGCAAGUGCAAGAAGAGACGGCGUAGACGUAGAAGGAGAAAAAGAAAGUUGUGUAGAUGUAGGCGGAGACGAAGAAGGAGAGUAAGAAGACGAAGCAGAGUUUGCGGAAGGAGGAGAAGGAGAAGGAAGAGGAAGUGUCGGUGCGGUGGUCUAGGAAGAAAUCUCAGGAGAGGUGAUCCAGAUAGGACGAAACGGGCCGGAAUGCCCCGUGCAGCCGAAAACUUUCCAAGUGGGAGACUUUUCGAACCGUCGGAGGCUUACGAUUCCGCGGCCAGCGAGAAAACCUCUUUGUCCAGCAUCGCCUCGGCAACGGACUAGAAACGUUCAUCGGUGUAAGACGAGCAGCAGUAGAGACAGCAUGUACCGCGACAAAGCAAAGCUUAAGACGGUAAUUUAUACGAGGAGCUUUCCUUUACGGGGGUGUGUUCUUAUGUUUCCUAACAAAUUGAUAAAAUGGUAAACAGCUGGGAGAAAAUGGAGGAUGGUCGAAUGGAUGGUUUACAAAUGGUAGAUGGAAGAUGGAAAAUUGAAACAAGUAGAAAGUACCGGAAGAAAAAGUAGUAAACUCGUGUAGUGGAAGAACAAGAUUAAAUUAUCAUCGUAUAGGCCAGGGCAGAAGAUCGAAAAUAUACGAGAUCUUUCCAAGAUGCGUCAUUUUUAGAGGCGUUUAUAUAUUUGCGUGCAUUCGGUUUUUCUAUUACCAUUUUUAUUUUAGAGUGUUCGUUUUUGCGUAGAUGUUAUAUUAUAGGACAUGGCUUUAAUAUUUUGUCGUGCCUCAUUUACUUUGUAACUUUGAGAGG